UCUCCAUCUCCUAGCCGACUCCCAAGGAACCGGUCUCUCGCCCUUCAUUCCCUCAUCCUUCUUCCUUCCGAUCUGCUUCCCCCAUUCUCCGUCGACGCCAUGGAUCCCAACCCCAACUCCUUCCCCAUUCUCUCCUACGUCAUGUCUCGCCUCCCCAAGGUCGCCUCCUUCAAGCAUGCCCAGAGCCCCCUCGUUCACGGCGACAUCGAGCAGCCUUCUACCCCCGACCGCUCCCGCCUCCACCGCGAUGACGAGGUUGAGCUGAUGGAACGUCUUCCCCUCCUCCAGCAGCCGGCCCUCAUCUCCUCCAUGGCUGCCUCCGUCGUCGACGUCGCCCAGGCCCGCUCCGUGCUGCGCACCCUCGGCGACCGCCCCGACCACGAGGUGGUCGAUGCCGCUCGUGCCCGGGUCGCUUCCAUCGACGACGAGCUCGACCGGCAGCUCGAGGAGAUCGAGGGGGCCGAGCGGGAGGAGUUCAGAGCCAGAAAAGAGAGGGAGAAGGUCGCUCUGCGCGCCGUGAUUCAACUGGACGAGAUGCACGAGGCGUAUGGGAGGCUUCUGAGGGAGGCCGAGGCGAGGUUGGUGAAGAUGUAUGAUGCCGGUCGUGCUGAGGACAAUAAGGAGGGUUCUGCGAUGGUGCAGGAGGAGGCAAAGGAAGUGAACGAGAAGGUGAUUGCUGUACUGCGAGAAGGGACGGACAUGUGUUCCGAUAGGGUGGAUUUGUCUGGACAACAACUGAUGUAUCUACCCGAGGCAUUUGGGAAGCUGCGAGGCUUAAUCUCCCUCAACUUGUCCGACAAUCUGCUCGAGGCUGUUCCAGAUGCUAUAGCAGGGUUAGAAUGUCUGGAGGAACUGAGACUGUCCUCCAACAGCCUCAUUACACUGCCUGAUUCCAUUGGACUGCUGCUCAAAAUGAAGAUUCUUGAUGUAUCUGGUAACAAGCUCAAAUCUUUGCCAGAUAGCAUCUCAAAAUGCAGGUCCUUGGUUGAGCUGGAUGCAAGUUAUAACGAACUAGCUUAUCUGCCAACUAAUAUAGGAUAUGAGCUGCAGAAUCUACAGAAACUACGGAUCCACCUCAAUAAACUACGCUCUCUUCCCACAUCCAUCUGUGAGAUGAUAUCACUGCGCCUUUUGGAUGCUAACUUCAAUCAACUUCGAGGACUUCCACAUGCCAUUGGGAAAUUAAUAAAUCUCGAGAUAUUGAAUCUUAGUAGAAACUUCAGUGACCUACAAGAUCUCCCUGCUACUUUCGGCCAUCUGAUCAGCCUUAGGGAACUUGAUCUUAGUAACAAUCAGAUUCAUGCAUUGCCUGAUACAUUUGGCCAGCUAGAUAAGUUGACCAAGCUUAAUUUGGAUGAAAACCCAUUAGUCAUCCCCCCGAUGGAAGUUGUAAUCCAAGGUGUUGAAGCAGUGAAGGAAUACAUGUCAAAGAGGUGGCAGGAUAUGCUGUUAGCAGAAGAGAGGAAGAGUACCUCGGAUGCAAAUUCACCCACUCAAGUUGGUUGGUUGACCCGCAGCACGUCAUGGCUAAACACUUGGGUUGAAGGAGUUUCUGAAGGUGUUGCAGAGUACUUUGGUGCGGGGCAAGAGUCCCACCGAGAUUCAUAUCUUGACCAGCAGCUGUGACCAGAGAUUGCGAUCACCUUGCACGGUGCCAUUUUGUCUUCUAUUGUUGGUACUUGUAGAGGUGUUUGAGAGUUGCAGAAAAAUAAAUUGAGAACUAGUCUAACCAUUGGAAGGGUUUGACUUUCAGUUCUGGCGACAGCUUCUUUGUGGUUUUGCACGAAUAUGAGUGGAAGCCAAAGUAUUCCAUAAGGUACGUUGGGUUGAAUCGUUAUGGAUUCUUUUCUACUAUUCUGUCUGAACCGUUUUUUUUAAUGGGUUUUCCAAAUAUCUUGGUAGUUUGGUCUUUUUUUGGGUGAAUUGAGUCGUCUUGGUGUUUGGUCAUGAGGCUGGACAGAUAACGUUCGGUCAAAAAGAAGAUAACAUGCAUUGUUUAAAGACACGAGAGGUGUUAAAUAUUAUUAUUUCAUUUUUAACCGGACAGGAUAUUUAGAUCUUGCAAGUGGAUUAAUCGGGGAGGGGCGAUUCGGAAUUGUCUGAUCGCUCCAUCAGAGUCUGGAAGCAAAUGUUAAAUAUUAAAUUUGUUUAAUUAAUUGGUCGUUUAAAUAAAAAUUAUUAUUAUUA